AUGCCUAUCCGUCCCUUCGAUGACUGGGCUGUGGGCCGCACCCAGUCCCUCCCCCUCUCCGCUCUGAAAGGUGCCGUCAUCGGUAUUGAUGCGUCGCACUACAUUCAACAGCACCUGGUGAACCAGUCGACUCGCGAAGCCCUUCUGGGCGCGCUGGGUGGCUUCCCGUUUGCCUUGAGGAGCAACAUCGAGAAAGAACUGCAGGCCCUCAAGAACCUUAACAUCGGUUGCGUCUUCGUUUUCAAUGGACUAGAGUUUGGCAAAAGAGACCAUCGCAUCCAAACCCAGCCAGCAUCUGUGCGCUCCUUCGAGCAAGCUUGGGAGCUAUAUGACCAACAACAAGCCGAUCAGGUCGUCGACGCCUUCAGCAAUGCCGGGACCCCGCCCCCAGAAACACUCUUCAAAUUCUUGACACGGAUCCUUAGCCAAAACGGCAUCUCCUUCAUGGUGGCGCCUUACAGCGCGGUUGCACAGCUCUCCUACCUCGCCCGCGGCUCCAAUCCCGUUGUUGAUGCCGUGUACGCACCAUCCGAAGCCUUCCUAUUCGAUUUAGAUAAGCUGGUGACUCGCAUCGAGACUGAGCCUGCACAGUUCACCUGGCUCACAAAGCAAACCUGCCAGGAGGAGCUGGGGCGUCUGUCGAACGAACAAUUCACUGAAUUUCUGCUGCUUCUGGGAUCUUCUUUCCUGCGUCCAUGCCCUCUUUUCGAGAACCCCGCUUUUCCAGGAAAGCUUCCCAACAUUCGCGAUGCUCUGCCGAUGUUCAAUUCUGCGGGCCGGACUGCUUUGGGCAUGUGCGCUCAAUACGAGGAGGAUCGUCGCAUGGUGGAAUACCAGUAUGUGGACCGAUAUAAGCGGGCAUUCAUGAGCGUGAAGCAUCACGUCUACAUGGAUAUUGACGGACGGGUUGCACCUAUGGAACCUGAAACCACUUCUUCCGAUCUGCAUGAGCUCAUCGGCCAGCGUCUUCCAGAAGAGCUGUACUUCUACUUAUCCAAGGGAGUUCUCGGUCCAGAUGUACCAAACUACUUGACACUGGGUGAGGUGCGGAUUUCCCUCCCGCUCGGAGCCGAGGACAACGAUAUCUACCGCCAGCUUGUUGGCGAGACUCUCACACCAAUCCGGACACAGUCAAUCUGCCUUUUAGCAAACUCUCUCCACCGAUUCUACCAGACAAAAGAAAUCCAAAUCCGCCCAUGGUACGAUGAGAACUCGGACCAAAAGAUCAACUUGAAGGGUAUUCCCUCCGUAAAGGAGACCAUUCAGUCCUGGAAGAUCUCUUCUAGCCAGUUCCCAGAAAGUGUUAAGAAAUUGCAGGCGCCGCUUGGCUCCUUCAAGUUUGCUGUGCAGAGCCUGAGUAACUCGGACUUCGUACCUAAAUCAUUCGCGACCAAGGAAACUCCGGCUCUUUCAGCACAAGAGGAUAUUCGAGCCAAUGUUAUGUGGCGUUUCCUGCAACUGCGUGGCUAUGUCGAUGACAAGCAUAAGCUCACAACGUGGGGCAAGUGUUUGGAACAAGCACUGUCAAGCGUGGACCCUGCAGAUAAUUUAGAGGAUGCCAUUUUCAUUGCCAUUGAGAUGCUCCGCUUUGAUCUUUUGAACACCAAGAAUUGGUUCCAGAGUGUAUCUGGGGGUCCUAUGAGAGGAUCAGAGGAAGAUAAGACUUUCAACAUGCUCGUGUCUCGUGUUGCGUGCAUUGCGAAAUUACAGCAUAAGAGCAUCGGUUACUCUGGUCCCUUGAGCCGGCAACUUCUUUGCUACCGGUCUUUGAUCUCCGAGGUGCGCCAUGCACUGAGGAAUUUGAUCGAGGUGGUCUUGACCGGUCUGCUGCUCAGCGGAGACGCCGACCGAGAUCGUAAGGACUGGACUGAGAUGUCCAUCAAAUUACCUUUUAUUGAUGAUAAUGACUGCGGCCUCGGAAUCGCCGUUCGCACCUACUUGGACGAUCUUCCCUUGCAAGCAGAUCCCACCUCACCCGAGGCUCGGGCGGAGGUCAAGUCGAAGGGCAAGGAGUGGUUCCAACAUAGCGAGAGCUUCACUGGAAACCUGGAUCAAGCUUUUAAGCUUUGGGAUGCGGUCUACAAGACUACCCAGGCGGCGGGCAAGGAGCUCAAGGACGCGAAGUUGUGGGAUGAUGCGAACAAGUGGUUGUCUGAGCGACGGUAA